CUCGCCGGAUCUUCUACUCCUCCUCGGCCCUCCUCAUCCAUCCCGCUCCCGCUCCCGCCUUCUCAUUCCAAAGCUCGCCUCGCCCCCCGCGUCGCCGGCUGCUGCCCGCUCCUCCGCGGAUCCAACCGGGCUCCGGCGGCAUUCUCCUCCCGCUGGUCUCACUUUUCUGGAGUCAGGGCCGAGGAUUUCUCGUAGAUGACUCGAUCUUCGACUAUCGAUUUUGGUCGGAGGAAGCAGAGCGAGCUCUUCGGGUCAGGGCCACUGCGUCCAGCAAACAUCAUCAGGAAUAAGUUCCCUACCUACAAGAAUGGUUCAAACGGGAUUGUUAUCAAAUUGGUGGAUGCCCCAGAAAUGCCAUCUCUUAAGGAGGCUGUUGCCAAGGAGACAACUGAUUUGCUUGAUAGGUGUCAGCGCCUUUCAGUCCGUGAGCUCACCAUGAAAUUCGAGAAGGGCUUUAACACAGCUACCUUGUUGUCUAAUGAGGCUAAAUGGAGACAUGCGGCUUUAUUGGAGCGAGACAUCCUUCUAAAGAAUCUUAAAAGCGUAUUGGAAUCAUUGAGAGGUCGAGUAGGGGGCAAAAAUAAAGAUGAAAUUGAGGAGUCUCUAUCUAUGGUGGAUAUUUUAGCAGUUGAGCUAUCCAAAAGAGAAGAUGAGUUGCUUCAGCAAAAAACAGAGAUCACCAAAAUUGCAGCCACAUUGAAACUGGCUUCUAAAGAUGCCAAGAGAAUUGUUGAUGAAGAAAGAGCUAAUGCUCGGUUGGAGAUAGAAAGUGCUAAAGCUGCUGUACAUAAAAUUCAAUUAGCACUUAAAGAGCAGGAAAAUUUUUAUCAAAGAACUGGGAAGCAGGAUGUUGAUGAACUGAAGGAAGAAGUUCAAGAAGCACGGAGAGUGAAAAUGCUGCAUUGCCCAAGCAAGGCAAUGGACAUCGAGAACGAGAUCCAAGUUCUACGUGACCAACUGUCUGAAAAAUCUUCAACUUCUCUUCACCUUUUGAAAGAGUUGGAGCUGCAUCGAAGUUACGAGGAAAAUGCCAUGCCCUUGUGUGAAUUAAAGGGUCUAGAAACCUUAGGUUCAAUGUUACGCAUAGUUGUUCAAGAUUGUGCACAUGUAGAUUUUUCAAAUUGUUCAAUCCAGUGGUUUCGCAUACAACCUGAAGGAAGCAAUCAAGAAAUUAUUUCAGGUGCCACAAAGCCAGUAUAUGCUCCAGAACCACAUGACGUGGGGCGUUACAUCCAAGCUGAAAUCAAAUUCGGUGGUCAAAUCUCAAUCGCAAAGACUGCUGGUCCAAUAGAUCCUGCUCCAGGAUUGGUUGAUUAUGUAGAGGCUCUUGUGAGGAAUCCUGAAACUGAUUAUAAUGUAGUUAUUCUUCAAGUGAAUGGAAUUGCUCAGGCUGCAGAUUCUUUACAUGUUCUUUGUAUUGGGAGAUUGCGGAUGAGGCUUGCUAAAGAAAAGGCAGUCGUUGCGAAGGAGUUCUAUUCGUCGUCAAUGCAGUUGUGUGGCGUUAGAGGAGGUGGAGACGCUGCUCCCCAAGCGAUCUUCUGGCAACCAAGAAAGGAUCUCAGCUUUGUGCUGGCCUUUGAAACAACCAGAGAGCGCAACUCGGCACUCAUGCUGGCCCGGAGAUUCGCGAUCGAUUGCAAUAUCAUCCUUACUGGUCCAGGGGAUAAAACUCCAGCGCACUCUGAAACCUGAAGUCUGACCCUUUCUUGAAUGUACAUCUCUGCACAUGCAGUAGUUAGAUAUCUCAUCUGAUCUCUGAGUAAUUGAGUUCAGUUUAGCAGUAGUAUACCUAAGUGCCAGGCAUUGACACCGAUUCAUUUUUCAGUGUAGGACUCGUUACAUUUGUACUCGCUAUUCCACAACGCCAACGGUCGAGUAGGAAACGCUUCCGGCUGACAGAAAAUAAAGUAUAUAGUAGCGAAAAGAAA